UUCUCCUCCUUCGCGCUAUUUCGCCGGUUCUGUGGCAUUGUGUAGCUCAACACCCCAAGGCCCUUGCUGGCGAUUGUGCGCCGCAGGCUGGACGUUAGCAGGGGUAUUGGAAACCAUGGCGACCCGCCCGACAAUCGAGUCCGGAACCAAACUUCGCAAGACUGUACUGGGAAGGCGUGCGCGGAAGCAAGGCAAGCUCCAGCGGCGGAACUCACAGCAACUGCCCAAACCACGGGCGAGUCUGUCUCCCUAGAGGCCAGACGACAACUGCGGCGCAAGCGGGUGCGGCGCCACAAAAAAGUGAAAGAACAAUGUGCAACAUACUGUCGCGGUACAAACAUUUACCUAGCGUUCUAACUCUAGGUCAGCAGCUUGGACGAGAGAGAAGCGAACCGAGAGGGCUGAGCAGCCACGCGCAUGUGCCGGAUGGAAAAAACACUCUCCUGUGGCAGGCCGCACCAUACCGCGCCGGCGCAGAGCACUGUGCGCGGCGACCUGCCGAGCACGGCCAGGAAAGCCGUCACGUGUGACUCUUGUCACCCCGAGGAGGAGAAGGAGGAGGAGGAGGAGGACGAGGAGGAGGAGGAGGACGAGGAGGAAGAAGAAGGUGAGAAGGAGGAGGAAGGCCGUAACGCGUGACACCGGCACACCCACAAGAAACGUGACAUCGUCUAGUGUGCCAAGCGCCGCUGCUCUGCGGCCGCAACGGCGGUGGGCCCGGCCGGCCCGGCAAGCGGGCCCGGCACGCGGGUGCCAAGUUUUGGGCUCGCGGCACGGCAUGGCACGCGGGCUCCGAACGGCACGCCACUGGCACAACACGACCUUCGCGGCAACUUUUUCCGCAUCUUUGAAACCAGGACCCCCGUUUUCAUAACAGGUCAGGCCGCUGUGCAGCAUUUGCUGCUUCAAGUUGCUCUGGGCAAGCAGCACAACAUAAACGAACAGCUCGUUCGUUUGCUUUCAGUGAGCGCGGCCACCUUCCAUCCCUGGCCCAAGCCCGGGGGCCACGACUCUGGAGGGACCGCAGACCUGGUCUCCUGGUCUCCC